UUUUUUCUGUAAGAAGAGCAUAAUUUUGUUUAUGAAUUUAUGAUCUCUUCUUCCACCAACUUGUAAAAAAAUAUAUUAAUUGUUGAUGAAUUUGUUAUUGCAUGGUGCACAGGAAUAAUAAGGAAGAAACGAAAGGUGAAGUUGUUCUCUGGUUGUGUUGUUGAAGAGUGAAAGAAAAAAGAUGGACAGCUUGGAAGAGAAAGUGUUUAUGUUCAUUGAUGAAGAAUAUUAUUCCAAUGAAUCAGAGCUUGAUGAAGAUCUAUGGUGGCAAGACAACACCCAUUCUCAUGGCUCACCCGAUAACACUUUGUAUUGGGAAUCUCAGGUCUCACUGCUUCAGGAAACAUUGGAGCGUUACCAUGUAGGUGGGUCAAAAUUGAGAGUAGAGGUUGGUAGAAUCAUAGAAGAGGUGAAGGGUUCGGAUUUCUGCAGCUGCUUGAAGAGAAACCCAUGGGAUUGCAGCAGCUGUUUGAGAAGAGAAGUUGUGACGGAGCUCCGAGACAGAGGAUUCAGUACAAAGCUAUGCAUUUCAAAAUGGGGAACGACGAAAAAGUUUCCAGGAGGUUGUCACGAAUAUAUUGAAGUGAUUGCAAAGACAUCAACAAGGAAGAAGCAGAUUCAUAUUCUGAUAGAAUUGGAAUUGAGAGAGCAGUUUCAGAUUGCAAAAGCGGGUGAAAAUUACCAGCAUCUGGUGUCGUGUUUGCCUCAGUUUUAUAUUGGAAAAGCAGAGAACUUAAGUGCGAUUGUUCGAGUGAUGUGCAAUGCUGCAAAGAAAUCAAUGAAGGAGAAGAAAAUGCAUGUGGGUCCGUGGAGGAAGAGUAGUUUCAUGCAAAUGAAGUGGUCUGGCUUCAAUCAAACAUAUCAUAAUAAUAAUAAUAAUAAUAAAUCCUUUGAAACACAUACCACAUAUCCCACUCAACAUUCAACUCGAUCUUACCUCACCAUUGCAGGAGCUCCUACACCUGUGGUAGUCACCUGAGUUGAAUUUCACUAAAUCUUCAAUUCCAUUUUAGUAGUACUAGGACUAAAUGCCCCCACUGGAGGAGCUAAGUAUCGUUAGAGUUUCCUUUACUUUUUAGGUCCAAGAUUAUCAUGUAAUGUAAUCGCCUAGCCAUAGAAUAUUAUUAUAUCAUAUAUAUUCUCACUCUCCUCCUGUUCAUUCAUCAAUACAGUUGAGGAGAAGUGUUUAUUCCGCAAAUCAUUGGACUGUUACUAAUUUAAUUUAAUUUACUUUUUGUAUAUUUUAUUCGAUCA